GGAUAGCCACUUCCUUUGUGAAAUUUGCAGUUUGAUGAUCUGUCAUCUGUGUGUUAAACCGUCGGUGUUCUUUUACUUUCACUAUCGUCUCAUGCUCGGGUUUUUAUAAUUUAUUGUAGAACUCUUUACUUGCACAGAGACAAGCAUAGAAAACUGUUUAUUUUGUGAGACUGCUUCUCGCGCCGAACAAGGAGUGAUGGAGAACGUUUUCGCACCCAACUUUCCACAGACACAAUAGGUCUAGCGGACUGGUCGGUGAAAUGUUGGGGGUGCUGUAUAGUAUCUCUGCAGGGUUUUUGUUAAGUGUGUGUGCUUCAAUAUACAGUGGGGGUCUGCUUUUAAAUGGAAAUCUGUGGGACUGCUGGAUUUUCGUUGGGUUUUUUUCAGGUUUUCAAUUUAGAAAGUUUACUCAAGAAGAAAAAAAAAUCCAGGGUUUUAUUUUCUUUCAGCUUACUGCUGGUUUUGGACUUACUGUAAAUAUAUAAUUUGGUUUAAUUGUACUACAAUGUAAUAACACUGUACUUUGUUUUUAUUCAAGUUUCUUUCUGUGUGCAUCAAAACGUUUUGUCGUUUUACAAUGUGUAGCAUUUGUUUAGAUAUAUGCUAUGAUGUUCAUCCAAUGAAAUUUGAACAAAGGUCAGUCAGUGUCCUUGGUUUUGUUCUCUAUAAAUGUGGAACUUCGAAGGAUAUUUAAGAAACAACACUCCCAUCUAUUGUUAUCACACCUUUAAAAUGAGCUUGUUUUGAAGGUUUUUCAAAACCACUGGGAGGAGAAGGUGAAAAUUGAGAGCGAAUGAUUGGAAAAAUCUGGAAACAACUUUUUUCCCUUCUAACUUUACAAGGAAGUCCCCCCCCUUGCAACUUUCAGGAAUGUUAUUUUAAACAAUGAUUUUUUUGCAACUUUAGUUUUGCUAGAAUAGCUGGCCUAUUUCUCAUUGUGCUCAAUACUUAGUCAUCAAUAUUUCCCUGGCCUUCUGACCCUACCAGUCUACUGAGCGGGAUACCAGCAACCCAGACGCUUCGCAGUCGGACGAUGCUUCAGGGUCAGACCACGACGAAAUUUAUGAGGAGGGGAGCGAUGACGAACCCUUUCCAGAAACUGAUGAAGAUGGGGCCCCGGAGGAGGAAGAAGGUGGUUCAGAUUCAGAAGCAGCCACAGAUAGAGAUGAGUGGAGAGAGGGUGCAGCAUUGCUCGAUGUCCUGCCCUUUGAACCCAGCAAACAGCCUGGCCCGCAGGUGGUGCUGCCUGCCACAGCCACACCUCUCCAGUUCUUGCGACUGCUCGUCACGGUCGAUAUGAUGAAGGAGAUUGCCAAGGAAACAAACCGCUACGCCAACCAUUUUGUCAAGUCUACUCAACUCACGCAGGUCAGUUGCUUGUCGUCUUGGGAGGACACUGACGCAGACGAGUUGUGGGCCUUUUUUGGGUUGAUAACUGGUAUGGGCAUCAUUCGGGUCGCCUCCUUUCAGGACUACUGGUCGACGGAUGCCGUGUACAGCCUGCCGUUCUUCCCGAGUAUCAUGACAAGGGAACGUUUCCAGAACCUGCUGACGUUUUUACAUUUCAGCGACGAGAAGUUCAUCCCGAGGGGAGAGGAGGGCCAUGACCCACUCUUCAAGAUCAGUUCUUUCCUGAACUGUCUUGCGGAGAAUUUUUCGAAAAAUUAUUACCCCACCACAAACAUCGCUAUUGAUGAAGCCAUGAUUUCAUGGAAAGGUAGAUGUAACGUCAGUGCCCCAGUGUACGGCCAUAGAAAUCAGGACAGGUUUGGACUUAAGAUCUUUCAGCUGUGUGACUCCAGCAAUGCCUAUUGUUGCAGGUUCGAGGUAUACACUGGGAAGAAGGAAGUCUCUCCAAAGGGAGUAGACUAUGACAUGGCCAUGAGGCUGUUGUCGCCGUACCUUGGAUGCGGUCAUCGGCUCUUCAUUGACAGCUUCUUCACAGCCCCAGUCCUCUUCAAAGACCUGCUUGCAGCCAAGACCACAGCCUGCGGUACUGUUCGGCUGAACAGGAAAGGCCUGUCAAAGAUGCCACAGAAUCGGAAGAAGGUGGUGAAGAGGAAGGGAGAUGUAAUUUCAAUGACAACAGGGUCCAUGAACCAUAUCAGGAUCAUUGGUCAGCAGCAAGUCAACUUCCUCACGUCCAUCCACACUGACAGUAUGAGCGAUACUGGAGGACAGGAUAGAACUGGGGAGCAAGUAAACAUGCUAGAUGCAGUGAGGGAGCACAGCAAGCACAUGGGAGCAGUCAGCAGGUCAGAUCGUUUGGUAGAACUCAGCUACGUCAAAUUGAGGAGGAUGAAGUGGUGGAAAAAAGUCUUCUUCCACUUCUUCAUGUUGGCGGAGCGGAACGCCUACCUUCUCUACAAGGAGUCGACACAACAGCCCAUGAAUUAUGCUGUGUUCCGGCGCGAGCUGGCCAAGGAGAUGGCGAGCCAGUCUCCUCCACGACUGCCCCCAAGACAUGCCGCCCUCCAGACGGGAAGUUCCUCACUGCAUCGACUGACGGCACGACACUUCCCCAGCAAAAUCCUUCACCCUGCUGGCUUUGAGAAGCGCAGACCCCGUACCAGACUCUGCGUUGUCUGCAGCACCAGGACGGGGAAGAGAAAAGUUCCAGGCGAUGGCAGGAGGAGGAAGGAGACCACAGUGGAGUGCGUCGACUGCAAUGUUGGUCUCUGUGUCAUUCCCUGUUUUGAGUUGUAUCAUACUCAAAAGGACUAUAAGAGGAGCUAUCGGAGACUUCAAGAAGUUCAAGUUCAAGGCCAGGACAACUCAGCAGAAGUCUCUUCUUCCUCCUCCUCCGAGUGAUGGUCCUUUGGAGUGAGGACCACCAUCAUCAUGAUCAUCUGUCCUUUUGCCAUUUGAGAAUCAUCAUCUGUCCUUCAUCAACUCUGUCCUUUUGAAGACCAUUGACUGUCCUUCCGCAGGUGUCAUUUUUUUUAGGACUGCUGUCUGCUAUUUUUUUUUAGGGCCAUCUGUCUUUUGACUGUUCCUUUGAGGACUAUCAAUUGUCAUUUUGAGGACUAUCAUCAUCUUUCAUUGUAAUGUAAGCUCAUCAACUGGCCUUUUUAGGACCAUUAUCUAACCAAAUGGUGUCCAUCAUUAUCUGGCCUUUUUGAAAGCCAUUGGAUGUCCUGCUGAGAAACUGUACUGUGUAAUUACAGAUGAAAUGACAGUCAAACCUUGUUAUAACACCAAUCUUGGAGGAGCAAGCCUAAAGUUGUUAGUACUGUGGGGCCGGUUGUACAGUGGGGCCUUUAUGAUGUCCUCUGUUUAACAACUCCUACAGCCCACCAUCUAGGGAAAUCAUUCUGCUGAUGUAUAAAUCACUGCCUGAAUUUGCAUCAACACCAAGCUGAGUCCACUUUUCCUUCCUUCUUUCCACUGCACACACACUAUAACCCAUCAUAUCAUGUACAGUAUAGAGGCAAUCAACUUAGGCUUACUGUGGAUCAUGUUGGUCAGGUGCUAUUCGCCAUGUUGAAUGUUAUUUUGCUUCCUUUGCUUUUUUCUGAGUUCUUUAAUUUCUUGUUUAUGUUGGUCACUGUUAUUAGUGUUAUAGCCGAGUAUCUAUGAUCUGUCCAAAUGCCGGUCGUUACAGAACUUGUCAACUAGACAUGAGAUCGGACUCUGGGGAUUUAUUGUAAGCUUCUACAGCUGUAAUCCUUUUAACGGACACUUUUACAAUUUUACAAUUGGGGCCAACUGUAUGCCCAUUGAAGUAUUCACGUUUGUACUGAGAAUGGAGAACUAUGUUGAAGAGAUAAUAUAGCCAAAGAUCUGUGAGUUAAUUUUGAUUGAAUAUUGUCAAUGGGACAUCAUGUCAAUGAUUUAUGUGCGGUACCAUUCUGUUUUGUGAACUGAGUAGAUUGGGAAUAUAUUAUGUGUCUAUUUUUAAAUGAAUGCUCAUUGAAAGCGUUCAUGUCAUGGUUGUGGGAACCCCCUGGGGCACUGCCACUGACUGUAGUGUCUUUAGGCCAUUCCCAAAGGGGGGACAUUUCUCGUUCAA